CCAUACCACCAGUCACCACGCGCCCACCUCUUCGGCUCUUCUCCCCGUCUCUCUCUUCUCGCGGCAUCCGCAUCCGGCAUCCCGCUCGCUUCUCCCGCGGGCCCGCCCCUCCUUCUAACCCUAGCCCCCCGACUUAAGUGGCCCUCCUGGCGGCGGCGGCGGCGGCGGCGGAUCGGAGGCCCAGGCUCCGCCGCGGGUCCUCCGUGCUGGUGAGGGUCGUGUUCGGGCGAUUUGUUGCGCUCCUGCUGGCGGAAUUUCUGAGUGGUUUCAGUGUCAUAUUGGGACUGCCAGCAACCCAUCAAUUUCUAAUAACAUGGAUGAACUUUGAAGAUUUGUUUAAUUGAUUGUACAUAAGGGCAUCAACUUAUUUUCUGCAAUAAAGUAUGGGAGCUAAUUGCUGCAUAGCUGCCAAGGAAAGAGCACAACCAUGUAUGGCUCCAAUUGAAGUUUCAACAUACAGGGUAAGACACUCGCCAUCAUGGAGCUUCCGGUGGGACAACCGUACACACAUAGAGGAUAUAAUGGAGAGCACUAUGGUGUUCCCAAAUCAAAGUAGUGGAAAUGUUCAGCCAGAAGUGAAGAAUGGUUUCAUUGCACCAACUGAAGGCCAUUACAGUGGGGAUAGCCAUUCUGAUGUGUUCCGCAGGGUCAAGUGGCAAAAAUCUGAUAAUAAGAUGGAAGUAUCCAAGCUUUCAAAAGUUGAUCCUGGAGCUGAUCAUUCUACUGCAAAUGAUUUACCCACUGAGGUACAGUUGCUGUCCAGCAAAGAAGAUGGCCAGAGGAAAGAAAUUACUGGUGCAAAGUCUUGUAAAUCUCCCGGCAUAGUAACUGUUGCCUCAGAUGCAAAGACAUUGAAGUCACAUCCUUCAACAACCCCUGUACUGCAAGAAGAUUCAGAAGGUCCUUCAUCCUCUAUGAGUCAUUCUAUUCGCAUGGACCCAAAUUCAACAAGGAAAGCACUUCAAUCACCUGGUGGUCAACUGUAUACGCAGAUCUCAGAUGGAAGCAAUCCAUCCCUCAAACCUCUUGGCGAAAACAGCUCUGCAGAAAGAAGGCUAUCAAACUCCAUGCUUUCUGCCUUUAGCAAUGAUAUGUUUGCAGGGCAAUCGCAAGGUGGGACAUCUGAUAAGUGGUCAACUUGCACACCUUCUGAAUUGGUGGCUAUAUCUCGAGGAGAUAGGUGGUCUGUUGAUAAUGAACUCUUUGGCUCCAUUACUAGUAAAGGAUCAUUUUCAAAUGCUUCACAUCCCACUGCCCUUUCCCCUGACCAAGAGGUAUGCAGGCUAUGUUCAAGGCUAUUAAAGGAGCGAUCUUCAUGGAACGGUCAUGAGCUGGCAGUAGUUGCUGUUUUAUUCUGUGGUCAUGCAUACCACGCAAAUUGUUUAGAUAGUGUUACUGCAGAAAGUGAGAAAUAUGACCCUUCUUGUCCUGUAUGCACCCAUGGUGAGACAAUUACAGCUAAACUGUUUGGAAAGACUGAACUAAAGGUUACGAACAAGGCAUCAAAACAUAUGGCUGAUAAUGAUCUUGAUCGGAGCUCUAAGCACCAGAAGAAAGUUAAGAGAGAACCCAGAUUGGUUACAAGUUCUAGCAUGAAGGACACAUUUAGUCGGCCAUUUUUGAGGAGGCAUUUCUCCACUGGUUCACGAUCACCAACACCAGUUUUGGGGAGUGAGCCAACAAUAAAGAAGGGCUUUUGGUCAAGGAAUUGGAGAGAGUAGCCAGCUUGUCAUCAUUGAUGUGGGCAUGCUUGCUGGUGUGAGCUCAUGAUCGAGCAAGAAUGAUUUGGAACUGGUGCAAGGGGUUUUGCUGUGGAGCUGGCUAUACCAUCUAUAUGAUUCUGCACUAUUCGUUGAAGCACUCAUUGUGCUAGCACAAAUGUAGUGUGUAAAAUGUCUUUUAGUAUGCAAUGCAGCCAAGGGUUGCGUUCUUGCAGAUAUCAGUCAUAGUCGCAGUAUAAUAGAACAGAAAAAGGGUAUACAAUUUAUGACGAAAGGUGUCAUUCUGGGUUGAAAGGUUGAAAUCCGGCAUGACAUACAAUUUUCGUCAAACCUUCCAUUUGUAAUAAUUAUUUUGGAUUAUAAACUUAAUCUGAAAAUCGUAGCACACAGAUAGUUUUUAACUGUUA